AUGCCUGUCUCCCACGCUAGCAGAGGUGAAUCUUACCAGCCAUUCCAAUGUAUUGUUUGUCAAAGUCGUUUCACCCGACACGAGAACCUCAAACGCCAUGCUGCCCUCCACUCUCGCUCUCAGAAAGACGCCUCGCUUCCUUGUGAGUUCUGCCACGCUACCUUUUCACGCCCUGAUCUUCGACAUCGCCAUAUGAAGAGGAAACAUCCCGAGUAUGAACAAAAACGCUCAAAGCGGCUUCAGUGCGACCCGGCUCAUCCCCGAUUACACUCUGUUUCGCCCGCAGAGAGCCCAGAUAGCAUCUCAUCCCCCCGGUCAGGGAACGCGAAUGUACCGGAUCAAGCCUUCUCUGAUAUGCAAAUUCAGCCGUCUGCAAUUGAGCUGAUGGGCGUAGGCCGAAUCCUGCAGGAUGCGACGGGACUGGAGCGGAGUCUGCUUCUAGGAACUUCUUUCCUGAAGACCACCCAGUCACUUGAGACUCAAUUAAAUCCGAUAUCCGUCCCACGGCAACCUCCCUUUGACGUGAGCUUAGCCGACUUCAAUUUCAACCAGGACAUUGUGGACCGUUUAUCCCCAAGUGAUCUCCCUCUUCAAGACGGCUGGUACCCAUCAACCCUACAGGUUACUCGGGGCUGCCAUCUCUUUUUCUCUCACAUCGCACAUUUCGUCCCUUUCCUCCACCAAUCAACCUUUGACUCCAAUCAAAGUCCCUCCUAUCUAAUUGUCAGUAUAUUAUGUCUGGCCUAUCAGUAUGGUGAGGAUUCAGAAUGCGGCGAGCAAGCAGGCUCCGGUGCCGACUUGUCUAUGCGGUGCUUUCACCGAGCCCGCAGUCUCAUUGCUUCCGAAGAGGGCAGAUCAGACAUAUUGCCAGACAAAAUCCCAAUAGUUCAGUCAUAUGUGCUCCUCCAAAUUUGCGCAAUGAUGUAUCUAUGUGGGGAAAGCUCUGCCUUUGGUCUCAAGAUGCACUCUAGCAUGAUAUCUUUGGCUCGAGCCAGCGGGAUGAUGCAGCCUCUCGCAAUUCAGUCUGCGACACCCCAGGAUUUAGAGUCAUUGUGGCGCGAAUUUGUCAAAGGCGAGUCUCACAAGCGAACUGUUUUCGCCGUUCAUCAAAUUGAUGCACUGUGGUACCAAUUCCUAUCAGUUCCUCGCUCGAUCUCACAUCUUGAGGUCAAACAUGAUUUGCCUUGUCCAGAAGAACAAUGGACAGCGUCUUCGUCCGCAGAAUGGGCACAUCGACAGCUGGUGAUGAGGAGUUCAGGGCCCUCCGUACAAUACGCAGAUGCCGUCCGACGAUUCCUUUCCGCUGAAGAUCUUAACUCUAUACCUCAAUUUGAUCCAUACGGAGCCAUCAACAUAACUCAGUUUCUCAUCUCCAGCGCACGUGAAAUCUCAGGGUGGUCAACGAUGACAGGGAUAGUCAGCAUGGAGAGAUUCGGCGCUCUGCGAUCAUCACUCGUCGCACUCAGCCCUUUUAUUCGCCCUCACGCCGACGCGAACCUUAUACAUGGAGCUCUUUGUACGGCAACAUGGGAAACUGCCAUGCUCGAGCUUCAAAUGUGGUCACCAUCACAUACGGGUGGCAUCGUCGAAGGAAGCAUUGAUGCCGUGCUAACUAAAUCGACUUACUUGGCUCCUGAUUGCGAAUUUCUUUGUGAGAAUAAUGCUGCGAAGGCGAUCCAGCCUCAUGUCGAUUGGUUCCUGCGCUAUCUUGAUUCUACCCUUGACCCUGAUACCGAGGCUCCCUGGAUUGCUUUGUAUGCGUAUAAAGCCUUCUUGAUCGCCCUGCAGCUUGUUCGAAAGGGGCUGGUUGGUGCGAUGCAAGUGGUUGGUAUCCGGGAUGGAGACGUCCAGGGCGCUCUCAUGUGGGCGAGGAAAGUCUUCCAGCGCAGACAGAGAUGGCAGCUCGGCAGACUUAUAAUUUCGUGCUUGGAUGAAUUAGAGACAUGA